GCCCACUAUAAACAAGAAAAAUCCUGCAUCCAAUGUAUAGCCCCUCUAUAAACAUCCACGUUCGGUCGUUAUCACGGAAGUCGAGGAAAUUCGCGCCAACUACAACGAGCAAAUACCAAUUUUUGCUCCCCUUAUUGUUAGUUAGUAAUUGAACGUAUACUACCGAUUCCAUUGAAAUUAGUUGUGUACAUUAAAGUAAAGGACACAAUUAAUAGAUUGGGUAUUAGAAAAGUUCACCAUCAGAUUCUUGUGACACAAAUAAAUACCGAAUGAGUAGAGCCGAAGUUGACUUGCAACUAAGUGUCAAAAAGGCAUGUAACGCUGACGAGGUUCCACCAAAGCGGAAGCAUGUACGGGCAUGUAUUGUCUACACAUGGGACCACAAAAACCUGCGUGCUUUCUGGAAUGCAGUGAAGAUCCAACCACUUCAAAAUGAUCAAGUUCAGUUAUUCAAGGCGUUGAUCAUGAUCCAUAAAGUUCUUCAAGAAGGUCAUCCAAACACUUUGAAAGAUGGAUUUAAAAACCGUGAUUUUCUCUCAUCUCUUGCAAGCGUUUUCCCAGCCCAUGGGACCGCUUAUGGGAGAUUAAUUGCUCAAUACGAUCGGUUUCUCUUACAGAAACUUGCUUUCCAUCGCAACAACCCGGGAUUCAACGGAACGUUUGAAUAUGAAGAGUAUAUAUCUCUUCGUGCUGUUAAUGACCCAAAUGAAGGGUAUGAAUCGAUUUUACAAUUGAUGGAUUUACAAGAUCUGAUUGAUGAUUUCCAAAAAUUGAUCUUUGCCACAAUCCAUCAAACUCCUAAUAAUUUAUGUAAGGUUAGUGCCCUCGUUCCAUUGAUUGCUGAGCUGUAUGGUAUUUAUAAGUUCUGUACUUCAAUGUUACGUGCUCUUUACCAACAAUUGGGUGCUGAUGAUGCUUUGGCUAGAUUAUUUGAAAGGUUUGAUUCUCAACACUUUAUGUUGCGUGAUUUUUAUACCGAUUGUCAUGCCAUUAAGUUUUUAACCAGUUUGGUGACAGUUCCCCGUUUAUCCAAUACCCCUCCAAACUUACAAGUUGCAGAAGGUAGUUCUGGAUCUGCAGCUCCUUCGAGACCUAGGUCAGUGGACACUGCCAGCCCUGCUGGCGGGGUUUCUUCUCAGCCAACAGGUGGAGUUCCACCUACUCCUCCUCCUGUAGAUCUGGUUUUCCUUCAACAAACAGGAGUUUUUGAUCAACAGCAACAACAGCAGCAGCAACUCCAACAACAACUUGAGUUUCAAAGACAACAACAAUUGCAACAGCAAUUGCAAGAGCAACAAGCAUUUGAAGAACAACAACGUCAACAGGAAAGAAGUUUCUUGCAGCAACAACAAAUGUUACAACAACAGCAAACUCAUCAACAACAAUCUAGAGUUGCAGAAUUGGAACAUGAUUUAUUGAUGUUUAAAAAUCAAUAUGAUAAUGAUCAACUGCUUUUACAACAAUACGAUUCACGUGUAAAGAGUUUGGAAACUGAAUUGGUAAACUUAAAUUCAAAUGCAACACAACAAGUAGCAUCGAAAGAUGAGCAAAUUGCUAAUUUGGAAGAGCAAAUCAACAAUUGGACCAAGAAGUAUGAAUCAUUGGCUAAAUUGUAUUCACAAUUACGUCAAGAACAUUUGAAUCUCUUGGCUAAAUUCAAGAAAAUUCAACAAAAGAUUAAUAGUGCUCAAGAGCUGAUCUUGAAGAAAGAAAAGUUUGAAAAAGAUUUAAAGCUGAAGAACUUGGAAUUGGCAGACUUGAUCCGUGAAAGAGAUAGAGCAAGACUUGAUUUAGACCGUGUUAAGGCGUCUAAGGAUCAAGAAAUUGAAAGAUUGUCAGCAGAAGUUCGUGAACUUAACGCUCAGGUGAAUGAAUCUGGGAAACUUCAAAACUUAAAUUUAUCUUCUCUUCUCACAAAGCAUGAUGCUGAAAUGAAGGUAUUGCGCAGCCAACUUGACGAAAGAGAUGCUAAAUUGUCCGAAUUAUCCCCAGUUGACCUCCAGGAGAAGUUGAAGGAAAAAGAAAUUGAUUUAGAGAUUGCUCAAGAAUCUCUUGAGAGUGCUUUGCGUGAAUUGGCAAUUUCAAGAGAUGAUCAAGAUGAUGUUGUAAAUGCUCAAAUCGAUCAAAUUCUCCUUCAAAAUAUUGAAAAACUCACCAAAUUAGUUGACGUAUUCUUGGCCAAUAAUGUCAAACGUAUCCAAGAUAUAAAGUAUGAAUUACAAUCUCCAAUGCAAGCAGGAAACUUGAACGCUUCACCUGAAUAUUUGUUAUCGAUUGUUGAAAUCGGAUCUGAUGUGGCUACUGACUUUGCUACUAGUUUCAAUACGUUUAUUGCUGAUGGAAAACAUUCAUACGAUGACGAUGAUCUGAGUUAUGCGGAUAUAAUUUUGACCAGUUCUUCCCUUACUGCCUCAAUGAAUGAUAUCAUGUUAAAUGCGAAGGGUAUCUUGAGAGUCAUACCAAAAUCUGAUGAAGAAAAGUUAUUAACCAUUGUAUCCAAGAUUCUUGACAGUGCUGAAUCAUUUUUCCUUGAGUUAGAUUCUCAUAAGUUGAACCAACUUGAAGAUGACGACGAUAAGGUAGACAAAGUUAUUGAUUGUAACUUAGUUGUACAACAUCAUUUGCAAGACUUAGGAACGUAUGUUGACGGAUUAAGAUCGAUUCAUGGAAUCAAUUUCUCUUCUGGUAACAUAGAAGACUUGGUACAAAAUGAAAUGGAUCAAACUGCUGCUGCUGUUGAUUCUGCCUCAAAAUUCUUACUGAACCUUCUUAAUGACCCUACUGUUACUGGUGCAGCAUUGGAAGUUCACGAAGCUAUUGUCACUGCAGCCGUUGCUGUUACCAAUGCCAUUGCAUUACUCAUCAAGGCUGCCACUGAGCUGCAAAGAGAAAUUGUGAGCAAGGGUAAGGGAACACAAUCUAGUUCUGAGUUCUACAAAAAGAACAACAGAUGGACUGAAGGGUUGAUUAGUGCUUCAAAAGCAGUUGCAGGAGCAACUAAUAUAUUGAUCCAAACUGCUGAUGGGGUAUUGAAACAAAAAAAUUCUCAUGAACAGCUUAUUGUAGCUUCUAACGAAGUUGCUGCUUCGACUGCACAAUUAGUUGCUGCAUCUAGAGUAAAGGCUAACUUUGUAUCUAAGACUCAAGAUAACUUGGAAUCCGCAUCUGUCAAAGUAACAUCUGCUUGUAAGUCAUUGGUUGGAAAAGUUCAAGGAUUAUUAACCAAUGGAGAGAGCUCAAAGAAUGAAAUUGAUUUGAGCAAGUUGACUCCAUAUGAAGGUAAAACUGUUGAGAUGGAACAACAAGUGGAAAUUUUAAAAUUAGAAAACUCGUUGAAUGCCGCUAGAAAGAGACUUGGGGAAAUCAGAAAAUUUGGUUAUAGAGACGACCAUAGUGACGAGGAAGAGUAGAUAGUAUGUUUUGCAUUGAUUGAUAAAAAAAUUGACUUUUU